UCCUCCGAGUAAAAUCAAAGGAAGAUGGAGGUGGACAUUCCCGCGGACGUCCCCUGCUCUUCCACCGCCGUCAAUUCCAUCAUUCGCAUGGGCACCGCCGGCUUAAUCUGGGGUUCCUGUUCUGGUCCAUACGAAGCCAACAAAUUAGGUCUUGCUGGCAUUAAUCGAGCUUCUUUUAUUGCUAAGUCAGUUGGUCGGUUUGGCUUUCAGUGGGGUAAUCACAUUGACUUUCCCCAAUCUAAUUUACAUUAACCAAGUAUUUUCCCGACAUUUCACCUUCUAUGUU